AUGGGUCUGGAGAUGUUCACCAUGCACAACAAGGUGUUGACGUCGGUGGAAGGCCGAAUACAGGAGAACAAUGCACGUCUUCUGAUCGCCGUAGGCGUCGUCGUCACUUACCUCUUCAUCGGGGCCCUCGUUUUUGUCAGGUUUUUACCAAAGGAAAAAAAUUUCAGAAACUUCUCAUUUAAGUGUCAAUAUUGAGUUUUUUUCCUCGAAAUUUCUUUCCGUUCACAAAAAAAGAUCUUUCUUACAGGAUAGAAUAUCCUUUGGAGAAAAUUGAGCGAGAAACCUACAGAGAAUACCGCGAGCAGUGGGAACAACGGCUGGUCGGACUUGGCAUUACAGGUUUAUUUCUGUACUCUACAGCCCAAUCAGAUUGGAAAAAGUCGGAAGAAACUCUUUUUUGUAUAGAAAUUUCCUUUUUUACCUUGUUGCAUGCCGCGCAGUAAGUGUUUGGUUCUAGAAGUUGGCGUUAUUUUUGUGUUGUGAUAAGAAAUUGAUUAGCAUCCUCGCUCCGUUCUAGGUCCAAACAUUUGCUCCAAUUUUUUUUAAUUUUUUGAAAUCGUACUCUUGUCGGUUAGUUCUAGAGAAAUCAUUUUAAGUUUUUAUUCAUUGAAUCACAUAGGGAUAAUUAUUUCACGAGAAAUUUCUCGUGACUCUUUGCAACUUUAGAAUGUGUAUCGCAAAAGAAUGAAUGAAAAGUUGAAAUUGAGAGAGAAAAAUUUAAUUUUUCCAUUAACUUUUUUUUUUUUCUGUAAGAAAGACUUCGAAAUGACAAUAUUGUGCCUCAAAGUUAUUCAUAAGUUUCUCAUAAUUUUUCUAGUUUUUCAAAGAAUCAAUGAGAUUUAAUGUCAGAUUUUUCUUGCUUUAUUAGUUUCUCAUAAGUUUCUUAUUAAUUAAUCGAGUUUCUGGAUUUCUAGAUUUUAUGGUAUCCCAUUUUGAUUUUACUGCGGCGCUCUCUCUUCUGAAUCCAAAGAAUUCAGUGUUAUUCAGUGGUUGUGUGUUGAACCGUAUGCGUGUUGUGGAGAGCCGACGGAGCCGAAUCCUUCGUCUGAUCGUCCUUCUGGGAGUACCGGCCCUCGGUUUCUACCUCGUCCUCGGCGCCUACGUCAUCCAGACGCUCGAGCUCCAGAGCGACAUCGAGGCUCGUCAAAAAUUUCGCGAAGCCGUCGAAGACUUCAAACUCCGCAACGAUGUCAACCGUAAGCUCGUUUGCAUGCUAGUUAUGUGGACGGAUUAGUUUUUGGAGAUUUUGUUCCACGGAGACCUUUGAACUCUAUUCUGAGCGAUAAACAGCAUAACUAUUUGUUUUUCCAAAUCCUUCAAUCAAUAAAUGUUUAAAAAGAAAAUAAUGCGUGUAGAUUGAAUGACUCGAUUUUUUUUUUAGAAUAAAUUUCAGAAACUGAGAUAGACCGACUAUUUUCUGACAUCCGAGAGGCGGCCCUCAACGGCAUAUGGAUGGAUAAAAACGUGACCAGCGACCCCAACUGGACUUUUGGCCAGGCGUUUUUCUUCGCCGGAACUCUCAUCAGUACCGUCGGUCAGUUUUUCUGAUUUCCCCCGAAAAUCGACGACAAAUGAAGUCUUUUAUGGGACUUUCUUUCUGAAACUUUUGUUUUUUUUCUGUAGACUUGCAAACGCUGGUUUCACCUGUUGAAUAGUGAAAAAUAGUUUCCAUAAUUUAAAAUACUUCGAGUAGAAUAGCUAUCCCUUUCACCCCUUAAAAUUUUGUGCUUUCUCAAGCUUUUCAUGCAGAAACCUUGUUCUCAUAGGCAGUUAAUAGCCGGUGAAUCAUUGGAAAACGGGUUUCUACUCCGUUUAAGGCUUGACUCGCUCUCGAAAUGUUCGAGUGUAACUUCACACCAUUUCCGACUAUUUCAAAGCACCAUUACGAGUCGUUUUGAUACGCUUUUAAACUAAAAUCAAGUUCGAAAACAUGCUUGACUGUAUUAUUCGGUUUCAGGUUAUGGAAGAGUUUCUCCAAGAACUGAGCAUGGAAAGCUAUUCACGAUAUGCUAUUGUGUUAUUGGUUAGUCUUUUUAAGAUCUUUUUAUAAGCUCUCAAACCUCUGAGUUAUCGAAUAUCCUUGUCAAAAGAUUAUUUGUAUUUGCUUUCUUUUUUUUUUUUGUAACCUUCCUUUCUUGGGUUGAAAUUUUGAAUUUUUUGUUGAACCGUGUUUCGAAGACCCAAGCUUUGUAUCCGGGAUUGAAGAGGCUCUUUUUAGGAAUCCCGCUGACCUUGGCUCUUCUGUCGGCAAUCGUGGCGCGGAUGAGGGCUCCUUCGCAUCGGCUCCGCGGACUCCUCAACCAGAAACUCGGCCAUUUGUUCCCUCCAGCCCACAUCCAGGUGAUUCUUUACUUCGGUUGACAAUGAGAGUUUUUCUUGUCGCAAAAUAACAGACACACUCUCAUGUAGAAAAUAAAAACAACCGUCAGGAAUGACGCAAGUCAAGCUGGAGCAUAUUUGUAUCAGUUUUUCUUCUUUUUUAUUUGCUCAAACAUUAAAACAGCUUUACCGCAAGAUAUAAAGAGUAAGGUUCAAGGUUUUCAUUUUAAUCGGAAACUUCAAUUGUAAGAAAACUCCAGGGCAUCCACCUCGGAGUCAUCACUUCUGCACUGCUUCUCUUUGUUUUCCUCAUUCCGGCCUGGGUUUUCACAACGAUCGAGCCUGAAUGGACCUAUUUGGACGCUUUUUACUAUUGCUUCGUCUCUCUUACCACGAUUGGAUUAGGCAGGUUUUGAGUUAUGAUGAAAAAAGGUUUUGUUUUCGUUGGAAGUUUUUUUGGUUUUAUGACCGCGUUUGUGAUUUUUUUUUUCCUUGGUAGGAGAUGACAUUAAAAAAAUUAAUCAGAUCAAAUCAGCUCCCAGAAAAAAAAAAUUCAAUUUUGGUUUCGACUCAUUUUUCAUCAAAGAUAAUGGUAGAAAUUAUUAUUGUAUAAGGCAAGUUUAUUUUUUUCAGGAGACUACGAACCUGGUGACCAUCCAGACCAACCUAUGCGCGGAGUUUAUAAGAUUGGAGCGACUUGUGAGUCGAAAUGCCCAUUUUUAACUUUUUCCGAGGUUCCAGUGUACCUCAUGGGCGGUCUUUGCUGCAUGAUGUUGUUCCUGGCGACGCUCUACGACGUCCCACAGCUCAAUCUUCUUUCUUUCCUCGUCAAAAGCGAAGAGGAAUCACGUCUCAACGAGGUUCCUCUCAAUCGUCCUUUUGAUUUGAAAACAACGUAAUUUGAGGACGAAACGACAAAGUACGACAGAUUUCCAGCAACAACAUCUGUAGAAAACGGCCUUUACGGCAGUGUCCAGUGA